CGGCUCCCUGAUGCCCGCAAACUAUCUCACGGAAUCUAGAGCAAGCGAGCAAUCUUUAUCCCGAACCUAUCGACCAGUCAGUGAGUGCAUAGAGCAUGAAUAAGAGCAGCAGCUGCUCCAGCUGUUUUCUGGAACCCAGGAAAUUAAUGCAUGCAGCACUACAACUUCAGAAGACCUAAUCUUUAUUGAGUACAUCAGGCCAGAAAUACCAAAGAUUAACCAUUCUCCAAAAAAUUAAAUUGAAGCGCAAUGGCACAAGAGUUGGACUACCGCGCUCUUAUGAAUGGGAUUCAGGAGCUUGAUUUCCAGGCAAAUGCAGUGCCAAGUGACCUUGUGCUAAUAGGCAACCAAGCCUUCCCGCUCAGCAUGAAUCCAAGAGGUCAGGUCCUUAUGGCUGCAUCUCGCUAUGGCCGGGGACGUAUAGUAGUGUUGGGACAUGAGGGGUAUUUAACACGUUUCCCAGUCCUGGUAGAAAAUGCCUUGAAAUGGCUUAUGCCAUCUGAGUCUGAAAGCAAAACUAUAGGCAUUCAAAAGAGUUACAGUUCCCUUGCAGAAAAUUUAUCUGACUGCACUCUGAAAACCAAGGUAGGAGAUUUCCAAAAUGCUGGUUUAGCAGUCUAUGUCACCAAUGCCUACAGUGUCGAUUCAUGUGCCAAAGAGUUAAUAGCCUUCCUUAAAUCUGGGGGAGGCUUGCUCAUUGCUGGUCAAGCUUGGCACUGGGCUCAGACCCAUCCAGGAGAGAAUACAUUACUCUGCUUCCCCGGCAACAAAGUGUGCAGUGUGGCAGGAAUCUAUUUCUCACAUCUUCCAGGGGAACGUGGCAAAUUUCCUGUUCCCAUGGAAAUUCCCUCGAGCUGGCUGGCAGUGUCGAUUGGUAAGGACUUCAAAGAUGACCUAAAGUUCCUACUCCAAGGUGUUUCUGAGUUUGAUAUUCGAGGUGGGGCUUUAGCUUCUGAAGUGUUGACACAUGGACCCUUAGCCUUUCCUAUUGCAUGUGACCCAUCUGGGAGAGCAUUCAUUGCUGGGGCCUACUAUGGACAAGGGAGAAUAAUUGUGGCCACCCACGAAAGCUACCUUGGUCGUGAUUCGCUGUCUACCUUCUUGAUCAAUGCUAUCCGCUGGCUUGAUGAAGACCGCAAAGGGGUUAUCGGAAUCGUGCCCCAACUUAAAGAUGCCCAUCGUGUUCUGAGCAAUUCAGGACUAAAUUGUCAAUUCACUGGAUUUAGAAAAGACCUAAGUGUCUUUGUCUGUACCUCCUACGAUGAUUCUCAAUGUCAGCAGAUCCAGGAGUUUGUUGCUGAGGGUGGAGGACUCAUGAUAGGAGGUCAUGCUUGGUACUGGGCACAGUCCAACCCUCAGCGCAAUGUGAUGACUGAUUGCCCAGGAAAUCAUAUCCUCAUUAAAAUGGGACUGUCUCUCAUGGGUAAUAUCUUGGAAGGUGGCUUGUAUAAAGCCCAGCAAAUAACUGAAGAUGGAGACAGAAGAACAGAGGCAUACCAUUUCCGUGACUUGCUGCGGCGCUUUGCUUGCCAUGUCAUCCAGGGCCAAGAUUUUACUAAACAUGAACAGGAAUAUCUGCAGAAGCUGAGAAAUGAUUGCACAAAUUAUCUGCGCAUGCAGGAUCAUGACAGUGCUUCCUAUACUUCAAUGGUUGCACUGCUCACAGAUAUGGUGAAAAAGGCAGGCGUUCCACAAGUGUGCCAAACAUGUCCUGUUAAAAGUACCAAAGAUAAACUACUGCUUAAUGUGGGAAGUGAGGUGUACAGGGUGUGCAAAGAUCCUGAUGCACUUUUGCCAUUCAUCAUCAACAACAUACCCAACCUACCUACGGUAUCCAAUGCAAGAGUCCGGAUCAGUGCAAACACAUCUGAUUGUGAAGAAUGGAUAAGCACAGGUCUGUAUCUCUCUCCUGGAAUGAGGACUUACGUUGCAGUACCUGAAGAAAUCAAAGGCAAAGGUUGGCAGCUGCAGAUUGGAUGUCAGACAGAUUUCUUGGGCGAUGCAGAUGUUCUGAAACGCGCUUCUGUGGUGCACGAGCGAAUUGCUUUGGAGAGUGAGAUGCUGUCGGUCUGUAAUUUGUGGGGAGGCCUCAUAUACAUAAUUGCACCAUGCAAGAGCAAAGUGGAUGAGGUGGAGGUUGUUGUACAAACAGCCAUAAAAGCCCCAUACUACAAGUUUGGACAAACCAGUGUAGCAGACUGGGUGAAGGAGAUCCGUAAUGCACCAGCUCCUUGGGCAGAACUGGAGUUUGAGAAUGUAAUCAUUACCUUACACUCAGACUUCAUACGUAAACUGGACCGACCUGAUGAGGUGGCGGCUCUCUGGAAUUCCAUAAUGAAGGGUGUGGCUGACUUAGCCUCAAAACCUGCCAAGUUUCCACGCAAGGAACGUUUUGUCGCUGAUGUUCAGAUCUCUUGUGGUUUUAUGCAUGCCGGCUACCCGGUAAUGAUUCACUCCUCCUCUGCCCCAGAACUCAUGAACCCAGAGACAGCUCGAACACAGGGUAUUUGGGGGGCCAUUCAUGAAUUGGGCCAUAAUCAGCAGCGCUCUGUGUGGGAGUUCCCUCCACAUACCACUGAGUGCACCUGUAACCUGUGGUCGGUGUAUGUGCAUGAGGAGGUGCUGGGGGUGAACAGGGCCAAGGCUCAUGAUAACAUGUCUCCAGAAAACAGAAAGAAACGAAUUGAGAAUUAUGCUAAGGGAGGCAGGAAGCUGCAGGACUGGAGUGUCUGGACAGCCCUGGAGACAUACAUACAGCUGCAAGAACGUUUUGGCUGGGAUGCUUUUAAGAAAGUCUUUGCAGCUUAUCACAGCAUCAGUAAAGUCCCAGAAGACCAAGAUGGAAAGAUGAACUUGUAUGCUGAAACAUUCUCAAAGGUGGUGAACAUGAAUCUGGCUUCUUUCUUCAAAGCCUGGGGUUGGCCUAUUCAGCCCUGCACUGAGGAAAAGCUCAGCAGUCUGCCUCAGUGGAGUGACCAUCCCAUGGCCCAGUAUGCUUGAUUCCCCAAUCCCCCAGUGUUUGAUGUCCCAGGCCCAUAAUGCCCUUUGUUUGCCUAAUACUGAAAGCUUGGUGUGAUUUUCUUUUGGGUGAUUUUCUUUCUCUGCAUGUUUUAAAUUUACUUUAUUCUAUUUUAUUCUGCUGUUUUUUUUUUCUUCUUUUUCUUUGUGGCAUUUUAUUAUUUUAU